AACAAAAUCUACAAACAAUAUUAUGUUUUAAGUGUGUUCAAACAAAAAAAAGCUUAGAGUUCCUCGGCCUUACUGUAGUUUUUGCGACGUGACAUACGUGUUGAAUUGAGUUCAACAACAUCGCGAAAGGACGCUAUUUGUGUUGGUUAAAAGUUUAAUUCAACGUUCAUUUUGAAAAUGCCCAAACUGUGUUCAUUUGGAUGCGCUUUCAGUGGUGUCCCAAUGCAUCGUUUUCCUCAUGCUGAUAAGUUCCCUGAGCGUUUUAGGGCUUGGGUCAAUCUUGUUGGUGGGAAACUGGAAACUCCAGUUGAUUAUGAUUAUUACUCGAAAAAGUUAGUUUGCGACAUACAUUUUACUGCGAGAGAUCGAAACCGUAAUAAACGGUUAAAUGCAUUGGCAGUUCCAUCACUUCAUUUACAUGGAACAUCAGAUAGCAGUAUAUUGGGACCAAGUUUAGUUGAUGUCGGAAACCAACCUUCAACUUCACAUCAUUUCAAUACAGGUAAAAAUCUAUAG